GGUGCGUCUCACGGCGUUGCUUUCAAAUUGUUUGUUUUAGCUGCCUGUUUGUUUCUUCUCAUGAUUUAUCAACGAAGCCGACAGCUUCCACGUUACCUCAUUUUUGACCGCUUUCCAACGGUGAAAAGCUGAACAGGGAUGCACAGAACGAGCUACAAUGGAAGAGGGACUGAGCGGUUUCAAAGCUCUGAGGGCCAAGUUUCAGGAAGAGGCCCUCUUGGCUCAAUCCAGAGCUAGUCGCCCACCUGUUGCAGAGAAACCCAAAUACCUUCCACCUUCCGGAGGACACUUCAGCUCUUUGGUCAGCAGUAUUAAUAUUGCUGUGGAAAACAAGCCCCCAGUUCCCCGGGUCAUAUUCAGAGAUGGGCUGCGGGCAUCUGGAGGUAAGCGACCGAUAUCCUUUCCACCACAGCCUCAGCAGACCUCCCCCUCAUCCCAGCCGACUAAUGGAGAGGCAACAAUAAGGCAUUCCAUCAAAGACAGACACAUGGCUCUGGUGCUUCCUCUCCUGCAUGCGAAAGAGAAAAAGACAGAACCGCCGGUCAAAAAGGAGCACAAACUGGAACCAGAGCCAGAGACAGAAGUCCUGCCACAAACAAAAAUCAAGAAGAAAGGUUUGCUGCUUCCUUUCAAGUCAACUAAAGCUUCAAAGAUCAGUGCAGAAAAUGGAAAUGAGCCUACGUAUGCUGAUUUGACCAUCAGACCCUCCAGUGCUCCUGGUGAGUUGCCCUCCUUGGAAAGACACACCAUAGAAGAUGGGCUUUCCUGCCCAAGUGACCAAUCACCCGCAGAGUACCCCCUGUCUAGCCCCGAUAUCCCAAUCACCCAUCCUACUGCAGAGUCAACUGUCGACUCCGAAAAUAAAUUUAUGAGCACCUUGGAGAAAGCCAAGAAGAAGUUUUCACGCAAGCAGAUGUUGAUCUCUGUUAAAGCUAAGAGCUGGCGGUCCCCUGACCACGUCUCGAGAGACGAGGCGUUUUCUUCGCCGCCAAAUAACUUGGUGGAAUCUAAACUACCCAUACCCUCUCCCGUCUAUCUUCCACACCUGGCUUGCCUAUCGGCCCGGCCGUUCUUCAAAGCAGACUACACACCACACAAGUAUGCUAGAAAUAAGCAGUUUGGCAGAGAUACAACUCUUCCCCAUGUCAAGACUGGUGAACCUCAUCCAACCCUUGCCCCUCGAAAUGAGCCUCUGCCUGACUCGAUGUCACUGGGUCCAUUGCCCAAAAAGCCCCCCAGACCUCAAUUUGUGGAUCUCAGCUGUUACCAUCGACCCACAGUUAACGAGGUGUCACCAGGUCUGAGCCAAGCACCAAGCGCAGAGCCAAAGGCCAAGCACCCAUCCAUCUCCCAGUCUGUGCUCGACGCUCCAGAGUUUCCAGACUUUGACAUUUCUGAGAUUGAAAUGGCAGACGGUGAAGCUGUUGACAUUUCUGCGCUAGAACUGGAGGCCUUCGACUUAGUCAGCAUUGAACUUCCUGUCCCAGAUGACUUUGGGGUCGUCGAUUACGAGGAUCCACAAACUCAAUUAUUAAUGUGCGAUGCUGUAGAGCCCUUUAUGAGCACCGACGUCCAAGAUCUGAACCUCGGCAAUCUAAACAUAAUGCCCCUUGAUCCGGCCAGCUUCCCUGAACCAAUAAACCUCCCAGAGUUCCCAGAGUCUGCCGUGUCAGAGCAGUGGUCUCAGAGCGAGGAGGUGAUCGUGGAUCCUCUUUCAAGCACUAAAGCUGACAAGACUGAUCCGGGAGAUGCUGAGUCAAACUCUGCUGUGCAGGAAACAGUCAAUAGUAACCACGCCGCAUUGUAUGAUGGGAGUCAACCACAUCCCGAUGUAUCUUCACAGGACAGUUACUAUGAAGCGUGCGAUAAUGUGUACGAGGAUGUCGAGAACAUCAACAAAUUCAGCUUCGGCCAGAACUCGCGCAAACGUAAAGCGGGACUGAAGAAUCCAUACGUUAACCGUGCGACGAAAGAGGAGGCACCUCAUCAUUUAUGGCAGCGGAAUCCACGGGGUAGUUUGCCACGAGAUCCCUCUCUCCCGAGCUUUAUUCAUGCCCACAGUAAAGAACGCAACAGCCCUAACACAGCUGAACAUAAAGAACGGAAGAAGAGGGAAAAGCAGCGACUGGAGAAGGAGAAAAAGGAGCUAAAAGAGAGGGAGAAGAAGGAACAUGAAAUGAAAAAGAAAUUCAAAGUGACCGGUGAAGAGGAGGCCAUGUACCACGUCAAGGCGAUGGUGGCUAGCAAGGUUCGCAAGAAUGACCUCCCAGUUCAGAAAGGAGACACUGUUGGCAUCAUUCGCACCACCAACUGCCCCAAAGGCAAAUGGUUAGCCCGAGACACUAACCACAAAUAUGGUUAUAUUUCCGUGAUGAAUGUAGAACUAAAUAUCAAAGAGAUGCUGGAACUUGGUAAGAAGGCCCAAGCAGCUGGACGAGGAGGCAACCUGGAAGCAGACACAAUCAGCAUUGGGAGCAGAUCAUCUGGUCACCUUGUACUAACAAGCAGUUUCACAGAUGACAGUGAGGAGUGGGCAUGUGAAGACGAGACCAUCUCCCCCGUCAAUGAGAGCCAUUCCUUUCCCCAUCAGACGGUCCCACUGCCUGAGACGUUAUGCGACUAUGUGAGCGCCCAUCACACUCUGAGCGAUGCCAACCUGGAGGACCUACACACACAGACGAGACAUGACGCCCUGCAGAAACUAGCCAUCUUCUUUCAACACAGCAAAGAGGAAUUUGAUGACAUUCCUGAUGGCAGCGGAGUGACCCCUACAAAUGCUGAGCCACCACACUUAUUGUGUGCUGUCGAGGAGCCUCCGUAUCCGGAACAGGAGGUUGACUUCACAGAGCUGGAGAUCCUUUCUCCCCCUCUGCUGUAUGCGGACGCCUUCUGAGUACCACAUCGCCAAAUGAAGUGGAGAAAAAGAAACGAUCGUGAAUGGAGCUGCUGAUGUUACUGUAUUAUAAUUCUUAUCACACGUUUUUGUUGAGUUUACCUUGGAUCUUUCACAAUAUGUUCUUCAGUUAUCUUGUAACUGUUAUUAAUCCACAAAUUGAAUCAUUGCACUUCAUCCAAAGAGUGAUGACAUAAAGUAACUCCUCACUUGUACAUUUACGGAUUUAUUUGUAAAUGUGUUCUUUGCAUUUUGAUUUCUUGUUUUGUUUGUUACAUCCAAUUAAAAAUGUGCUAUUGA